CACAGCUGAUCGACGCCAAAGCAACAUCGGCAGCAGAGGCUCGGUCUCUUUCAUUAAACUCUUAAAUUCCUCCGUAAGUUUGCAUUUCAAGACUAUUUUUUGAGCUGUGGAGGAUGUGAUUUGUACAUAGCAGGAGCAUGUCUAUGGCUGAGAGUAAGAGAGAGCUGACUCUGCAUGCAACCUGAUGGGUGUUCAGUAUGGCUCAGGGGCUCCUGUUGUGAUUGGGUUAGGCGAUUGCUGCAGCCGCCAUAUAUUACACUCUGGCAAGGGCCAGCAUACCUCCAACCAGAAAUUUCAGGGAAAACAGAACUUGGUCUAGUUCCUGAAUUAGUGAUACAUAGGUAGGACCUACAUGAAUCUGAAUCCGUCAUGCUGAUGUACUGUGAAGAUCCAUCGAGUUUCUGUUCAUUGGUUCUGAAUAUUACCAGCGCGACUGGCAGUUUUAUAGGGAAUCAGCUGGAUCUUCUGUACCUAGGAUGGGUCGCAUCACUUCUGUAUCCUGCUAUUCUUGUGUUUAUCAUUUUACCUUCACUGAUCUUGGUGUUGCUCUAUGUAUCAGCGUUCCUGCUGUACAUAUACAUGCGAAGAAAAAAAGUGUACAAUGUCCUGAAUGAAACUCUACACCGGGACCCUUGGGCGAGCGGACGCUACCUGAUAUCACUCCUUUGGGAUGCUCAUGGCUACAUCUGGCAUGGGUAUGAAGUUCGUGGCCUUGAGAACCUCCCAGACGAGGGCCCAUGCCUGAUUAUCUACUACCAUGGUGCUAUACCCAUAGACAUCUAUUACCUUGUAGCCCGAACCAUCCUCACCAAAGGCAGGCUGAUCCACUGCGUCGGAGACCGUUUCUUGGAGAAAGUUCCUGGCUGGAAAGUUAUACUCGAAGCAUUCCACAUCACUCCGGGGACCAUAACGUCGUGUGUACAAACGCUCUCCGAAAAUAACAUCCUGUCCAUAUCCCCUGGAGGAGUGCGCGAAGCCCAGUUCUCGGACCACAAUUACCAGCUCAUGUGGGGGAACCGCACGGGAUUUGCGAAGGUGGCGAUAGAAGCAAAUGCGCCAGUUGUCCCCUUGUUCACGGAGAACCUGAGAGAAGCAUUCCGCACAGUUUCAUGGCCGCAGCGUUUCUGGAUUGCGCUCUAUGAAAAGCUGAGAUUCCCCAUAGCACCCAUUUAUGGGGGAUUUCCAGUCAAGCUUCGAGCACACCUUGGAGAACCCAUCUACCACAGAGAGGGUGAGACAGUGGAAGAACUAGCCCAGAGGAUCAGAGCAAGCUUGAACAGCUUGAUUCAGAGGAAACAGAAGCUUCCAGGAAACAUACUAAGGGCUCUGCUAGCAAGGUUUUACGAACCCUCCAAGAAUGACUAGUUGCGGUUGGGGGUAAAUCUGUUAUGUGUUUGGAAGAGGAAAGUAUUUAUGGGAGAGCAAUCAUUACAUUGUUUCUAAGGAUAGAUAUGUUUUGUGUGCAUUUCAUUAAUGUGGCAGAAUAUGAUUCUGUGAUAUUUCUGGCUCUGUUCAUUCCAGUCAAUUUGUUGAUUACAAAGGUAAUAUAUUCUAUUCCAUGGUUAAAAUAUACUAUUUUAAAGUCUA